GUUCCCAUAAACCUGGUAACAAGAGUCAGAAAACUUCCCAGCUAAACGCCCAUAGACUUCAUACAACACAAUACUCUAUAUUGUGAUGAUCACAGCAACUAAGGAAGAAGCAGCUUGAAGAUUCUUUCAAACAGCCAGUCUGGACCAACAAAGCUCUGGAAUGUUGCUGCCACAAAGCCACCUAAAAGAAGACAGUUAUCUCAAGUUUGGCUGCCAGCUUUUUAUCUCUCUCUUGACCAUUUAAAACUUCAGACUUCCUGCCUUCCUGGUGCCAUGGAGAAAGUCCAAUACCUCACUCGCUCUGCUAUAAGAAGAGCCUCAACCAUUGAAAUGCCUCAACAAGCACGUCAAAAUUUCCAGAACCUAUUUAUCAAUUUCUGUCUCAUUUUAAUAUGCCUCUUGCUGAUCUGCAUCAUCGUGAUGCUUCUCUGAAGUUCUGCCGCAACCUCCAGAUCUGCAAUUUACCACAUCAGCUUAAAAUCUGUCAUCCCAUGAAGAGGGAAAAACAAUACUGUAUAACAGGACACUUCCAGAGUAGAAGAAUUUCUUUGUGAAAAGGUCAAGAUUAAGAGUAGAACAAAUUGUUAGCAAAUGUAUUCAUCUGCUGGAUCUUGUAAACAUGAAAAGGGCUUUAUUUUCAAAAAUUAAUAACUUUAAAAUGACUAUAA